GUAGAAAUUUGCCUGAUGCAUCCCCUUGAUGUAGUGAAAACAAGGUUCCAAAUUCAAAGAGGGAAAACUGAUCCGACCAGUUACAAGAGCCUGGGGGACUGUUUUAGGACUAUUUUCCAGAGAGAAGGGUUGUUUGGAUUCUACAAGGGAAUAUUCCCUCCUAUCUUGGCUGAGACACCCAAAAGAGCAGUGAAGUUUUUCACCUUUGAACAAUACAAAAAACUACUAGGAUAUGCAUCAUUACCACCAGGGCUGGCAUUUGCAGUUGCUGGCUUGGGAUCUGGAUUAACAGAAGCAGUUGUGGUUAACCCUUUUGAAGUAGUAAAGGUUAGCUUACAGGCAAAUCGAAGUGCCUUCACAGAGCAACCAUCCAGCUUUGUUCAAGCUCGGCAGAUUAUUAAAACUGAUGGUCUGGGGUUCCAGGGACUCAACAAAGGUCUCACUGCAACACUGGGUCGCCAUGGAGUUUUUAAUAUGGUUUACUUUGGAUUCUACUUCAAUGUGAAAAAUAUUCUUCCAGUCAAUAAAGAUCCGAAUUUGGAGUUUUUGAGGAAAUUUGGAAUUGGGUUGGUCUCAGGAACAAUAGCCUCAAUUAUUAACAUUCCUUUUGAUGUUGCAAAAAGUAGAAUUCAAGGACCACAGCCAGUUCCUGGAGAGAUCAAGUACAGAACCUGUCUUAAAACUAUGGCAACAGUCUAUAAAGAAGAAGGAUUUCUGGCUCUGUACAAAGGCUUAGUUCCCAAGAUCAUGAGGCUUGGCCCAGGUGGUGCGGUGAUGCUUUUGGUUUAUGAAUACGUUUAUACGUGGCUUCAGGAAACAUUUGAUCACAAAAAAUCCUUCUGAAAGACAUGCUCCUUAAAGUCAUAUGCAUUCAAAAAUACACUUUAAUAAAGGAAAAAUGAUUCU